CCGGUGUUUUCCUGUGUUUUCUGGUAUAUAGUAUUGCCGCUCCACCGAUGACUUGUUUAUUAUAUGAAUACCUAUUUUCUAUGACUUGUAGAAGAGACCGAUCAGCAAUUCUGUGUAGUGUUUUUAGACCAACAGACAUAAUGGAAACCAAUGAUGUUAAAGCAUUUUAUCAGUGUGUUGAAUGUGAUGAGAUUUUUCAACAAUAUGAUGAUUUAGAAAAGCACAAUGAAAUACACAUUAAAGAAGAGAAAACUGAUGAUGUAGGUGGAUAUUAUCAUGUUCAAUUUAAAGAAGAGAAAAUUGAUGAUGGAGAUGAAUAUUGUCAUGUUAACGAAGAGAAAACUGAUGAUAUAGUUGGAUAUUGGCAUGAUAAAGAAGAGAAAACUGAUGAUGUAGAUGAAUAUUGUCAUGUUAAAGAAGAGAAAAAUGGUGAUGUUGAAACUGUUUAUCAGUGUAAUUUAUGUGAUGAAGAAUUUAAUUUAGAAACAGAUUUAGAAAAACACUGUGAAUUACAUGUUAGUCAACAAGGGCAAACUGGAGAAAGAGAUUAUAAUGGUGAUGUUUGUAGUCAAUCUUUUAGUCAGAAACACUCAAAAACUCAAACAGUAGAAAAAACUUAUAAAUGUGAUGUUUGUUGUAAAUCAUUUGCAGUGAAAUGUCAGCUGAAGGAACACUUGAGAAUCCAUACAGGUGUAAAACCUUAUAAAUGUGAUGUUUGUUGUAAAUCAUUUACUCAGAAUAGCAGUCUACAGAGACAUAUCAGAAUUCAUACUGGUGAAAAACCCUAUAAAUGUGAUGUUUGUGGUAAAUCAUGUACCCAGAGUAGUGCCCUACAGUCACACAUUAGAACUCAUACAGUAAAAAAAACAUAUAAAUGUGAUGUUUGUAGUAAAUCAUUCACUUGGAACAGUAAUCUACAGAGACACAUGAGAAGUCAUACUGAAGAAAAACGUUAUAAAUGUGAUGUUUGUAGUAAAUCAUUUACUAUUAGUAGUGCUCUCCAAAAACACAUACGAACUCAUACCGUAGACAAACCUUAUAAAUGUGAUGUUUGUUUUAAAUCAUUCAACUUUAGUGGCAAUCGACAGCAACACAUGAGAAUUCAUACAGGUGAAAAACCUUAUAAAUGUGAUGUUUGUUAUAAAUCAUUCACUUUUAGUACUAGUCUACCGAAACACAUGAGAAUUCAUACGGGAAAAAGGCCAUAUAAAUGUGAUGUUUGUAGUAAAUCAUUCACUGAGAAUGGUAGUCUACAGCGACACAUGAGAAAUCAUACAGGUGAAAAGCCAUAUAAAUGUGAUGUUUGUAGUAAAUCAUUCACCAAUAGUUGUACACUACAAUUGCAUAUAAGAAUUCACACUGGUGAAAAACCUUAUAAAUGUAAUGUUUGUAGUAAAUCAUUCACCCAGAAUAGUAAUCUACAUGCACACAUGAGAAUUCAUACUGAUGAAAAACCUUAUAGAUGUGAUGUUUGUGAUAAAUCAUUUACACAGAAUAGUUAUCUACACAUACACAUGAGAAUUCAUACUGGUGAAACACCAUAUAGAUGUGAUGUUUGUGAUAAAUCAUUCACACAAAAUAAUUAUCUACAGAGACACAUGAGAAUUCAUACUGGUGAAAAACCAUAUAGAUGUGAUGUUUGUCAUAGAACAUUCACUGUUGGUAGCAGUCUACAUUCACACAUGAGACUUCAUACUAGAGAAAACAAUGUCAGGAUACUUGCUCCGUCAAGGGCCAGCUUUGACCCAGAAAUAUCAACUGAACUGCAGCUUGAAAGGUUGUUAGUUUCCAUGACACAAGCUAGACAUCCGAAGGCUAUACUAACAAACCCUACAAAUGACAUAGAUGGUCAAACUUGUCUAAAAGAGGUUAUCCCAACACAAGCUAAACAUCCAACCAUUCACAAUUAACGUCCCAACAAUUAAUUGUCUAUGAUCUUUUAGAAUUUUACAUACUACUUAUGAAGGCUAUACAAUCAAACCCAACGAUUACAGGUUAACACUACACUAACUGGCGCCAUUUUGAAUUUCGACCUUCUCCAAUCACAUACGAGAGCACUUAUUCCUCAAUAACGUGUGAAUGUUAACCUCUAAAUCCAGUAGUUAUGGUGUCUAAGUCUUUCUAUGGGAAAUGGAUACCAUAGAUUUCAAAAUUCCCAUCAUUUUUACGUGAUGGUGUCACUGUGACGUAAAAUUCAAAUUGGCGUCCAACAUGGCCACCAUUACGUUUUAAUGACCACAAUGAUAGGGGAACAAGUUUGGUGUCUAUACCUAGGUUUUAGGGGUUAGGCAACCGCUGACAACUAACUGCUAGUUGAAAAAGACAUGAGAUUGUGAAAUCCAAGAUGAUGGACAUCAAUUAGGCUACAGUGAAAUCCAAGAUGAUGGACACGACAACUGUCCCAAUUUACAUCUUAGAACGUUGUUUUAUUAAGACGUUCCUCAAGGGGUAAAGAUGGGUAACUUCAUGGAGGGUUAGUAUUGUAUUUCGACCCCGCUAAUGCAUCCCAAACUUAGGCUGCCUGUCUACAGCUAGCUCCGCCUGAGAACAGGCCCUAAGCUAAUUAAAUGACAUUUUAAUUCCUACAUCGAUGAUUUUAGUCGAAAACACUGAGUAUGCUUUUAGAAAUUUUUAUAAGUAUUUAUUUCUCUUCUAUUGUCAUAUUGAAUGAAAUUAAAUAUGUUUAUUUAGCCGUUGAGUGUAUGAAAGAUGUCAAACUAAGCAGAGCCGAAUCACAAAAUAGUCCUCUAAUUAUUCAAUAUGGCGGCUCCCAUGAAAGAUAAUUUCACAGAGGCGUUUUUUUUUUUGCAAAGACAAAUUUAGGAGUAUCUGACCUUAUUUUGAAAGAUAAACAGAUUGAAACUCUAAAAACAGUUUACAAUGGCAAAGAAUGUAUUGCAAUAUUACCCACUAGCACAUAUUAUAUUUCGCUUUUACCGGAGUGGCAGCUAAGUUGACAUUUUGGAAAGGACAUGUGUUGUGUACACAACGCAGUAAUCCAGUCGAUAAGUCCCGCCCCAAAAUGAUCACGUGAGCAUUUUAAACGGAGGCUAAAUAGGGCAGUGAUCAUAAUCUCGAAGUAUGACGUAGAUGGAUCGCUGCAUGCAGUUUGCCCACUAAUGGUGAUAUCUAAAGCUAGCUACCUGAUAAUAGUCAGGGUUAGAUUAUUUCUUUUGUAAUAACUAACUUUUGUUUUCAUAUUGUUUCCUUAUUAUUUUACAUUUCGUGUACAUUAUCAAUAUUCACAUGAUCAAAUAUUUAAAUUGAAUUUAAAGAGCCCUAUGCACAAGUGAAUUAUUGGAAUAAAAUUGGACCAUAUGUUAGACCCGAAAUGACCUGGUUUGUGUUGAGUGUACUCUAAAGUCCAUCUCUCUCACUCUCUCUCUCUCUCUCUCUCUUGUUGUGAGUUUUAAUAUGAAUUAUUAUUUUUUUGUACAGAAAAUUAAAAAAAACAAAAAAACAAAACAAAAUUAUUAGUGAAUAAAAUUAAAGUUUGUAGCACCAUCAAUAUUCACAAUAAGUUUAUUAUUAGAUUAUUUUUAUAAUUAGAGAUUAUUAAAGAUACAUUAUGGGAGAUUAGAUAAAGAGUUGGCAGUUAAAAACUAGAUAAUGUAAAGGGAAUUUGCUGAAAAUUUCAGUCAAAUUGAUCCACUAUGAACCGAGAAUUAAGCAAUUGAAAUUUCCGCCUAGCCUCGAUCAUCAAUACUAAAGUCGGUACAAUUAAAAGCAUAGUCUCGAUUAUCCAUUUCAUGACUAAAUCAUUAUAUUGUGCAGCAAAUCGGAUCAUAAUCCACUAAUGAUUUUAGGCUAGAGAUGACAUCAAGAGUUGAUUAUGGUCUGGAUAAGUUAAUAAAUGUCUAAUUAUUAAUUUAGAAAACAUUUCAUGCCUAAAGAAAGACCUGCAAUUGACAGAUUUAGCUCUUGUAUAAUGUAUGUUUAAUGGGUAUUGUAAUACACAAAAACUAUUGUCUGUAAAUGUUUGACAAGGACAGGUGUUAAUGUAGCUACCUGACAAAGACAGGUGUUAAUGUAUCUACCUGAUACAAUCUAAUGUAGAGAUUAUUCAUCUAUUAUAUAAUACACAAGAAUUAUUUUCUAUUGUACAUGCACCCGAAACACAAUCUGAUUAAAAUACAGAUCUAUAUUUUGUUUUUUUUGGGUUUUUUUACUUUCAAUGGCCUCUACUACUUGAAGAUCUGACCAGUUGUAGUGGGAGGUGGCUUCAGAGGUCAUUCGAGCGGCUUUUCACCCUAUGACGUCAGACAUUUGAUUAAUAAACCAGCUUUGAUGUUUCUAGUGGAUUACCCAGAGUUCGGUGAAACAUGUCAUGGAGAACUAUUUGUCAAUUAACAAUACAGGUGGUGAUUGAUGCCCUAGGAAUAUGUUUAUUUUGCUUAAUGACUGAGGUAACUUUAGCCAGGCAGUUCAAUGUA